UUGUCAACAUUUUAACUGGUUUGAAACGGUUGUUUUUCUUUAUUUAUUUUACACUAAUAUAUAAAAGAAUACUAUAAAUAAAGUACUAUAAACUUUCAAUCGAUUAAUGUUACAAUUUUAAGUCUUAUUUACAAUAGUGCGCUAUGUCUGUUUAAUACAAUAUGGAGCCGAAUAACAUAGAUUCUUCGAUGGGUUCGCCGCCACAUAAUCAUGUAGAAGCCACAGAUUACGAUUUACAUUUUGCAACAUGGAGUUUGGAGUAUUUGAGGAAUGCGGCAUUGAAGCUCCAGUUGGUGAGGCCAAGGAGUCUUGCUUGGGCUAUCUUGUUGAAUGCCCUCCCUCCACCUUCUAGUGAUAUAAUAACUAAUAUUAAGGCUCAUCGGAACUUCUACAAUGACUUAAGGGACAAGUUAUCGAUGGACCCACGAGCUGUCAUCGGUGAUGACCCACUCUCACAGAAUGAUGAGAGUGCAUGGAAACAACAUUUCUGUGACAAUGAACUGAAAGCUCUAAUAUUACAGGAUGUUGUUAGGACUUAUCCAGAAGAGGUAUAUUUUAGAGAUAAAGAUGUACAAGAUUUAAUGGUGCGUGUUUUAUUUUUCUGGGCUCGAUCUCACUCAGUAGGCUACAGACAAGGAAUGCAUGAAAUAUUGGCUCCGUUACUGUUUGAGUUAUACGAAGAUAGAAAAUAUGCACCGGAUGAUGUCAGUGAUACGCUCAAAUGUUAUUUAGAUAAGGAUUAUUUGGAACAUGAUAGUCAUAUGUUAUUUAAUGCUGUAAUGAAGGGAGUGGAGAGGUUCUACAGUACGGGCGACGUGGUGCCCUCCUCCUGCGGCAGACUGCCCACCUCCACGUCAGUACAUAGUCAAAACGAGGUGGUGCGAUAUCUGGAGCAUGUGAAGGACGAGUAUUUAGUGCCGUUGGACAACGAGUUGGCCACACAUUUGGCCAAAUGCAAUAUAUCUAUGGAAUUGUUUGGAAUUCGCUGGCUGCGGCUGCUGUUCGGGCGCGAGUUCCCGCGCCGCGACACGCCGCGCCUGUGGGGCUUCGUGUUCGCGGAGGGCCCCGCGCUGCGCCACCUGCACUUCCUCGUGCUGGCCCUGCUGCUCGCUAUGAAGAAGUCCCUGAUGGUAUCGGAGAGCGGCGCGGCGCUGUCCGCGCUGAUGCGGCCCGCGCGCGCGCCCGCCGCCUACGUGUGCGCGCUCGCGCUGCAUCUGCGCACCCCGCACGCGCCGCGCCCCCACACGCCCCCCACACCCUCCCCACCCUCCACACCUCCCACACCACCCACACCACCCACCCCGCCUACGUCCUACACGUACGGGUAAGUACCGCAGUUUGUUGCUCAUCUUUAAACUUUCACAAUCUUACAAAUAAACACUGUGUUUUUAUGUUAAUUUACUAAUAUUUCCCUAAAACAUGCCAACUAAUCUCUAGGCUUGUGCUAGGAUAUGGCUCACGACGUCU